UUUAUGUUGUUUUUACUCACUUUUUUUUCCAGGGAAAAUUUCAUGGCAAUCCAAUGCAUGUAGCUGUAGUUAUUUCAAAUUGUCUAAGGGAAGAAAGGAGAAUAUUGGCUGCAGCAAACAUGCCGGUCCAGGGACCUCUGGAGAAAUCUUUACAAAGUUCUUCAGUUUCAGAAAGACAGCGAAAUGUGGAGCACAAAGUGGCUGCCAUUAAAAACAGUGUGCAGAUGACAGAACAAGACACCAAAUACUUAGAAGAUCUGCAAGAUGAAUUUGACUACAGAUACAAAACGAUUCAGACAAUGGAUCAGGGUGACAAGAACAGUGCCCUGAUGAAUCAGGAAGUUUUGACACUGCAAGAAAUGCUUAACAGCCUUGACUUCAAGAGAAAGGAAGCCCUCAGUAAGAUGACGCAAAUCGUGAAUGAAACGGACUUGCUGAUGAACAGCAUGCUCAUCGAGGAGCUGCAGGACUGGAAGCGGAGGCAGCAGAUCGCCUGCAUCGGAGGGCCGCUCCACAAUGGGCUCGACCAGCUUCAAAACUGCUUUACACUAUUGGCAGAAAGUCUUUUCCAACUCAGAAGGCAAUUGGAGAAAUUAGAAGAGCAAUCUACCAAAAUGACGUAUGAAGGUGAUCCCGUCCCGAUACAAAGGACACACUUGCAAGAAAGAGUCACCUUCUUGAUCUACAACCUUUUUAAGAACUCAUUUGUGGUUGAGAGACAGCCAUGUAUGCCGACCCACCCUCAGAGGCCGAUGGUGCUGAAAACCCUCAUUCAGUUCACUGUGAAACUAAGACUACUAAUAAAAUUGCCAGAACUAAACUAUCAGGUAAAGGUGAAAGCAUCAAUUGACAAGAAUAUUUCAACUCUAAGCAAUCGAAGAUUUGUCCUCUGUGGAACUCACGUCAAAGCCAUGUCCAUUGAAGAAUCUUCCAAUGGGAGUCUGUCUGUAGAAUUUCGACAUUUGCAACCAAAGGAAAUGAAGUCCAGUGCUGGAAGUAAAGGAAAUGAGGGCUGUCACAUGGUGACUGAAGAGCUUCAUUCCAUAACAUUUGAGACACAGAUUUGCCUGUAUGGCCUGACCAUAGAUUUGGAGACCAGCUCAUUACCUGUGGUGAUGAUUUCCAAUGUCAGUCAGUUACCUAACGCUUGGGCAUCCAUCAUUUGGUACAAUGUGUCAACUAAUGAUUCCCAGAACUUGGUUUUCUUUAAUAAUCCUCCGUCUGCCACUCUGAGUCAACUCCUGGAAGUGAUGAGCUGGCAGUUUUCAUCCUAUGUUGGCCGUGGCCUUAACUCAGAUCAACUCAAUAUGCUGGCCGAGAAACUCACAGUUCAGUCCAGCUACAGUGAUGGUCACCUCACCUGGGCAAAGUUCUGCAAGGAACACUUACCUGGCAAAUCAUUUACCUUCUGGACAUGGCUUGAGGCGAUCCUAGAUCUAAUUAAGAAGCACAUUCUUCCCCUGUGGAUUGAUGGGUACAUCAUGGGCUUUGUUAGCAAAGAGAAGGAACGGCUCUUGCUGAAGGAUAAAAUGCCUGGAACCUUCUUAUUAAGAUUCAGUGAAAGCCAUCUUGGAGGAAUAACUUUCACCUGGGUGGACCAUUCUGAAAAUGGAGAAGUGAGAUUCCACUCUGUAGAACCUUACAAUAAAGGCCGGUUGUCUGCUCUGCCGUUUGCUGACAUCCUUCGAGACUACAAGGUUAUUAUGGCUGAAAACAUUCCUGAAAACCCUCUGAAGUACCUGUAUCCAGAUAUUCCCAAAGAUAAAGCCUUCGGUAAACACUACAGCUCCCAGCCUUGCGAAGUUUCAAGGCCAACUGAGAGGGGAGACAAAGGAUAUGUUCCUUCAGUUUUUAUUCCCAUUUCAACAAUCCGAAGUGAUUCGACUGAGCCACAGUCCCCGUCGGACCUCCUCCCCAUGUCUCCAAGUGUAUAUGCAGUGCUGAGGGAAAACCUGAGUCCCACAACAAUUGAAACUGCAAUGAAGUCUCCAUAUUCUGCUGAAUGAUAGAAUAAACCGACACUCCAACAAAGGAAGCAACUGAAAAAAAGUUUAAAGACUGUUCUUUGCCAACAAAAACAUCAUGUUUCUUCAGCUUAAAUACUGGUUUCCAGGAAAUGGUUGAAGUCUGAAGCUCUCCUCUCACUAGCUUGACACCCUUUAGGGAGUGUUGUGAUUGAAAUGUUAAAAAACAAAACUUCAGAUAAAUUUUCAAGAUAAGACAACUUUAAGGAACCAGUGUUAUUAACAAUAUAAUAUUAAUGAAA